AUGGUAUUUCUUCCGCGCCUACUCGCUGACUUGUCCUUUCCUUUCCGGCGCACCGGGCUCGGAGCUCCCGCGUGUCUUCGCGUUCCGACUCGCGAGGCUUUCUGCCAAGCCGACCACGUGGGGCCGGCGUUUCGAGCUCGUUUUUCUGCGGGUAAAGAGGGCCAUGCGUCCACCUCGGCCGGGAAAGACCUCGGAUCGAAGGCUCUCGCGUUCUGUCGCGAAUCGGCGCCCUGGAACUUCGCAAGAAACCGCGGCUUGCUCGGCUCGGGGUCGGCAGGGAACGGCCUCUCUCGGCUCGUGACUGGCCGGGCGACCGGAGCUGUGGCGAAGGCGCUCUCCUGCCUGCACCAGCAACCUCGUCACUUCACAGGUCCACACGGCACGCAUUCUGGAGCUCCGAGCGACAAACCGAACGAGGCGGGAAAGAAACGCGGACCCACUGGCCUGCAGCGCCCGUGCGACUUGACGGGCCCUCUCGCCACGUUCAUGGGGAAGACAGAAGCCUCCAGAGUCGAGGUCGUCAAGCACAUUUGGGACUACAUCAAGCGACACAACCUCCAGAGCCCCGAAAACAAGAGGAUGAUCAACGCUGACAGCACCCUCCGGCCGCUGUUUCAAAAAGACCAGGUUUCGAUGUUCGAGCUCAACAAACUGGUCUCCAAGUUCGUGCAGAGUCGGCCGUCGCCGCCGAAGCCCUGA